AUGGCUACACCUGGUAGGCCCCGACAGUCGGGGAUCCCUGGACCUGGACGAGCCAGUAGCAUCCCGACUCCUGGAAGAUCUCGUUCAAAUUCAAAUAUCCAUCAAAAUUAUGAUCAAACCCAGGCUGAUGAUAUUACUCGCGCCUUUGCAGACGCAAUCAAGGCGAAUGACCCCUCGAUGCAUCGCAAUAACUCUCUAGCAAAUAGUAUCUCAACGUCGUCGCUUUCCCCUCAAUCAGGCGCGUUCUCGGGCCGUCGCUCUGUCGCAGGGAGACCAUCUUCAUCAGCAUCCUCUUCUUCAACUAAAGCUCAAGAUAGGAUUAAAACUCCAAUAUCAGCACGAGUUUCAAGUCGGCCCCCGAGUCGAUCCGAGCUUAGCAAGCCACCUAAAACGUUCGAAGUAGGCGACAAUGUCAGAAUAGAGUCUCUGGGCUUUGAGGGGAAACUGAGGUACAUAGGGGAUAUUGAGGGGAAGCCUGGUCUAUGGGCAGGUGUAGAAUUGAGCGGCGGGUUUUCUGGAAAGGGGAAGAAUAAUGGUUCUGUUGACGGCAAACAGUACUUCAAUUGUCCUGCCAAAUGUGGGGUUUUUGUAGCCACCACCAAAUUAUCAGCUCCAACAGUUGGUCCAGGAGCGAUUCAACGCCCUCCAUCUGUAGCGUCUUCCAGAGGGGGCAUGAAAUCCUCAACCGUGAACUCAGGAAGGACUACGCCCUCUUUUGUGGGCAUGAGGACCCCUUCGGCAUCUUUUUCCAAUGGAAGAGUCACUCCAUCGACUGGGGGCCGUAUAACACCUUCAGACUCCAGUGGGAGAAUCACACCAAAUUCCUCACUUCCAGGAUUAUCCCAACAGAGGCUCUUCAAAACCCCAAGUUCCAAACCAAAAACAGUUGCCCCUCUUUCGGAAAAAAUAACAGCCGGCUCUCGUGCAUCGAAGUACAUGACGAUGACAGCCCAGCAACUCAAUUCGCGCAGUAAAACAAGUCCAGAGACUUCGACUCGUAAAAGCGAAAGCUCUGGCAUAUCACUAAAUAGCCCGACCAUGUCUCGCACCUUGUCAUCACCAUCUCGAUCCUCGGGCUCUCCAUUUUCAACGCCUAGGGCAGGUAGUAUACGCUCGUCUAACGCAGGUGGCUCACCUACUUCAUUGUCUGCAAGGAACCGAACAUCAAUGAAUACCCCACGAGCACGUAUCCCAAGUGGCGUGGCAAUGCCUCCCCCUCCGUCACCCAAAGCCUUGCCAUUGCACCAUCUGCAAACGGGCGUUAAUCGCUCUUCGCCUCCACAGUCUAGAAAUGAUCUUUUAAUCCAGGAAAAAUCAACCUCCUCCGUUUCCCCAUUUUCGUCGUCAUCGCGUCCAAGUUCGUCGACCUCAUUCAGAUCUGUCGGCACUGAUGAACUCGCAAUAAUUGAACAACUACAGUCUCGCCUAGAUGCAGCGGAGUAUGAGAAUGAACGACUACGAAUGUCGUCGGAGGCUGCAAUGGCUUCAUCAACAGAGACAGAGCACCUAAGAACUGAAAGAGACGAAACUCUUGUUAAAUUAGAAGCCGCACAGACAAAAAUAUUAACGCUAGGUGAACUCGUCAAAACUCAAGCAACAGACAUGGAGAUACUGCAGGACGAAAAUCAACGUUUGCGGCAGGAACUCACGACCACGGCCGAGCAGGCCGAGCAAGAUAUAUCUCUUCGCCGUUCAGAGGCGGAGUCGCUCGGUCAGGAAAUGAAGUCGCUCUUGGACAAGCUAGAUGAAUUUGAGGCCCUCGUCUUGCAGAAGGAUGAAAUAAACACGACCCAAGCUUCGAACAUUCAAGACUUGUCUGCUGAGCUCGAAAAACUGCAGGCCGAUUUCCAGGAAGAAAGGAAAGAGCUGAAUGGUCAGAUAGACGAGCUUAGAAUUGCUGGUCAGGAAACCAUCGCACUUUAUGAGGAGCGCUUGUCAGCGGCCAACACUCAACGAUAUGAACUAGAGCAUCGCAUUUCAAUUCUCGAGACAAGCCUCAAAGCCGCUGUUUCAAAUCACGCGCCCCAAGAGCCUGCUUCCGCUAUCAGGUCUGCCACUGAGAUCGACAACGAGACGUUGCAGGAACAAGUCCAAUACUUGCAGAAAAAAUCAGCGAGACUUGAAGAGCAACUAGAAGAUACACGGGCGGCUUUGGAACGAGAUAUGGUUUCAUACCAGGAUAAGAUUUCUCGUAUACGCAUGGAGGAGGAGCAGCAUAAGAGAGACUUAAACUUGAAGGAGCGAGAGUACGAGCAACUUCUGAAGUCGGAAGCAGGUGCUCGUAAUCGUGUUGAAGAAAUCGAAGAAGCCUUGCGAGAAAGCACCGUUGCUCUUGAAAGUGCUCGUGGAGAAGUCGAAGCUCUCAGAACAGAGAUGGCCAAUUUGGAAGUCCUUAUUGACGAUGCAUCUGAAGGCGAUGUAUCUUCCAAGUUAACCAACUUCAUGAGGAAGAUGGCCGCCGAUAAAUCCAAAUAUAAACAGGAGCUACAACUAUUAGAGAAGGCUCUUGAAGAUACCCAGGCAGAAAAGGAGCUCCUAGUCAAUCAAAUGUCUAAACAGAUCCCCAAUCCUUUGGGUAAUACGCAAAACAACGAGGACCUUCUUGGCAAUGUAAAUGACAGUCUGCGUAAACAAGUCAUCGAACUCGAAGCAAAGGUGGUAGGUCUAGACCAAGAAUUAGUUUCACGGACAGCGGAAUUGGAAGUUCUUCGCAAGAAGUCGAAUCGUGAAGCCGCCUUGACAAAUGGGACAUCGGAGACUUUAUCAUCAAAGCCUGAACCAUCCUCUGAAGAAGUCGCUGAACUUCAAAAAGAAAAUCUAGCCUCUGCACAGCAAAUCAAGCUCUUGGAAUCAGAGAAUCAACUCCUGUCGGCAGAAGCUGAACAACUUCGUCAAGAAAUUCACAUAUUGGAAGAAAAUUUGGACAAUUCGUUAGAGGGAGAUAAUGAUGGAGCGAAAGCUCCGCGUCCAUUGGCUGACCAAAGGACCAGAUUUGAGAACGAUCUGGAUCAAGCACGCAAGCGACUCAGUGAAGCAGAAAUGAAACACGCUCGGACGAUACACAGUCUCAACAAAGAAAUCAGUGAAUUAGAGGCUCUUGUUGAGUCCAAGGAUGAACUAGAACAAGAAAUAGAACGAUUAAAGGACAAACUAGCUAGACAGAAAAAGACAUCAAAAAACAAUGGCGACCCAACAGAGGCACGGCAACGAUUGAGCACGGCGUCAAUCAGUAGUGCGGGCACAGGAGCGCUUGGAGGAAGUCGGGAGGAAGAAGUAUGCGAGAUAUGCGAACGGCCGGGACACGAUAUAUUUAACUGCAGCCUAUUAAAAGAGGACAAGACGGGAGUGGUGUGUGAGGACUGCGAAAGUCCAGGCCAUGUUGCCGCAGAUUGCCCACACUCUUUGGAUGUUUUCUAA